GGUUGCCUCCGAAGCCGCCAGAGGCUGGGUUCCUGGCGGCGUUCUGGCUUGAUCGUUGGGAAACGGAAGGCACCGGACCGCACGCGCACCCCGCCUCGUCGUCUCCGGUCAGGCUGUAACUUCUGUAACCCCGCGGCGGGGCGGAGGCCUAAGGCCUGCGCGGCUCCGGCAGCGAAGCGAGCGGCCCCGGGAGGGCCUGAGGCGUGCGCGGCGCGGACUAUCGCUCGGGCGCCCCGCUCUAGGCCUCGGCGUCGGCCGUGGCGAUGCUGUGGCAGCGGUUGGCUGUGGUUGAGUGGGCGGCGCUGGCCUGGGAGCUCCUCGGUGCCUCGGUGCUGCUCAUCGCCGUGCGCUGGCUGGUCCGGCGGCUAGAGAAGCGGCCGCGGGACCGGAACCGUUGCGGGACCCCCUCCUCGCCUGCCACGGCCAGCGCGUCUGCAGCCGUGGCGCCUCAGCCAGGUGAAGUGACAAUGGAUGCCAUGUUGGCGCGAUUGAAACUCCUGAAUCCAGAUGACCUUAGAAAAGAAGUUAUAAAAGCUGGAUUGAAAUGUGGACCCAUUACAUCAACCACAAGAUUUGUUUUUGAGAAGAAAUUAGCUCAGGCUUUACUAGAGCAAGGUGGAUUUCUGACUUCCUCUCUUCCCAAUCACAGUGAGGUAACUGCCACAGCAUUUAUCCAGAGCACCCCAAGGACUCCUGCGUCUAUGGAAGGGAAACGAACUCAGCAGGCCAGUUCUUCUGAAGACAAAGAUUUUGGUUACAGUGUGGGCUUGAACCCUCCAGAAGAUGAAGCUGUGACAUCCAAGUCCUACCCAAUACCCCUCAGGAAUGACAGCCACAAGGCUGGAGUGACAGCUGCUAAGGAGCCACUUCUGUACUAUGGAGUGUGUCCAGUAUAUGAGGACGGCCUUGUGAGAAAUGAAAGGAUCCAUGUUUAUGAAGAUAAAAAGGAAGCACUGCAAGCUGUCAAAUUGAUCAAAGGGUCCCGGUUUAAAGCUUUUACAACAAGAGAAGAUGCUGAGAGAUUUGCUAGAGGAGUAUGUGAUUAUUUCCCUUCUCCUAACAAAAAUGUGUCCUCACUGUCUCCUGUGAAGGCAGUGCCAGUCUUUGGCAGUGAUGGGUUGAAAGCAGAUGGUUUGUGCCUGGCUGAAUCAGAAACAGUAAACAAAGAACGAGCAAACAGUUAUAAAAAUCCCCGUACACAGGACCUCACUGCCAAGCUUCGGAAAGCUGUUGAGAAAGGGGAAGAACACACCUUUUCUGAUCUUAUCUGGAAUAAUCCCCGAUAUCUAAUUGGUUCUGGGGACAACCCAACGAUUGUACAAGAGGGAUGUAGGUACAAUGUCAUGCAUGUUGCUGCCAAAGAGAAUCAGGCUUCUAUGUGCCAGAUGAUGUUAGAGACUCUGGAGAACCCUGAGUUUAUGCGUCUGAUGUACCCAGAUGAUAACAUGGACAUGCUGCUGAAGCGCAUCCUCUACAUUGUUGACCUUUAUCUGAAUACUCCUGACAAAGUGGGCUUUGAUACACCAUUGCAUUUUGCCUGUAAAUUUGGGAAUGUGGAUGUAGUCAAUGUGCUUUCUUCACACCCUUUGAUUGUGAAAAAUCCAAAGAAUAAAUAUGGUAAAACACCUGAAGACGUAAUUUGUGAAAGAAGCAAAAACAAAUCUGUAGAACUGAAAGAAAGGAUUAGAGAAUACUUAAUGGGUCACUACUAUGUGCCACUUCUGAGAGCAGAAGACACUUCUUCUCCUGUCAUUGGGGAGCUGUGGUCCUCAGACCAGAGAGCUGAAGCCUCUAAUGCUGACCACUGUAGAAGUAGCCCCAGAGAUCCUGUGAUGACACUGAGAGCUUUCGUGGGGCCUCUAAGUCCAUCCAAGGCUGAAGAUUUUCGAAAGCAAUGGAAAACUCCACCUCGAAAGAAAGCAGGCUUCUUCCACAACAUCAGAAAGUCUGACCCAGAACGAGGCAUUGAGAGAGUGGGAAGGGAGCUAGCUCAUGAGCUGGGGUACCCCUGGGUUGAAUACUGGGAGUUUCUGGGAUGUUUUGUUGAUCUGUCUUCCCAGGAAGGCUUGCAAAGACUAGAAGAAUACCUUACCCAACAGGAAAUAAACAAAAAGUCUCAACAAGAAAUAGGAGAAAAUGAAGACUGCCUUCAGGACAGAGCCUUGGUUUUUGGCAGUGAGAAGAAGUACAGCAAUUCCAUCUCUGUAGGAGCAUUUCUAAAUGGGGAUGAUGACAUUAGCGUGGAAGAAAUUAAAAAUCAGCAAAAUACAGCUCAAAGUCAGAGUCAGCCCACAACCAAUAAAUUCCAAAACUCUGAAUGUAGUUCCCUUCCCUUGGGACAGAAGGUGGACACUGGAGAAGCCUCAGUUGGAUCUUGCUCCCAUAACAACAGAAAUGGGUUUUGUCAUCCUCUGAACCACAAGACCACAGGUGGAAGCGGGGGACCAGAGGCCACCUGUGGGGAAGAGGCCCUUCCACUACCUGUUUCUGCUUUGACUCUAGAGUUUGAUAAACUGAAUUUGCAGACCCUAGGAGAUAGUCUUAUUGAGACACCAAAUAAAAAUAAGGUACUGGAUUCAAGUAAGGAUGUAGUAGGAAGUGACUCACUGGUACCUCCUCCUGCAAUAUCGAGACUUGAAAAUAACCAAGUCAGGACCAACAGUGAAGUAUCAGAGGCAAUGGCUGAAAUGUCUUUGGAUCCCAACAGCCCCCAGCUUGGAGUUCAGGCUAGUCUGGAACCUGUGUUCUCAUCUGCCACGGGAGAUCCCACCAGGAGGCUCUUCCUUUCUGGAGAAGAGCCAUCAAAACUAGAUCGGGAUGUUUUAGCAGCUCUUGAGUGUGCCUCUAUUGACCCUGGCCUGUACCCAGCUGUCCACAGAUGGAAAAGCAACGUCCUGUGUUACUCGCCCUCAGACAGACAAAGUUGGCCAAGUCCUGCACUGAAGGGGAAAUUCACAACUGAGCUGAUGGAUCUUGGUUGCUCUCACAGCUGUAGUUCAGGGCGAAGCAGUCCAGCUGGUAGCAGCCCCAGCAAGCCUGGCCACAUCACCUCCUCCCCUGGCCUUCACAGUCCCGGUCGGUACAGUCCAGCACAUGGGAGCCACUUCCAAAGAAUGGCCCACAUGGCCCGGCUUGCAGCUCUGUAGAGCAGCCAGGAUGCUCAUUCCUAGGUCUCAUUUACUUCUUUGUUUUUAAAAGAAGGGUGAUAUGUUUAUUGGUAAAAAUUCUAUGAAAAAAGUGUAUUCUGAAUAACUUCUUAAUCCUCACUUUGAGGGUACCAGAAUUUUAGAAUAUACAAUGUUAUGAGUAAAAUUUAAAUUUCUGCUAUUUUGGAAGAAGUUAAUGAAAGCAAACUCAAAUCCAAGUUGUUUGAAAAGUGUGGCUGUAGUAAUGAUUCAGACUUCAGGAGAAAAUUUCUGGUUUUAGAAUAGAGCAAAGAUACAGUCAGUUGAUAGGCAAGUGAGGUGUUGCUCUAAUUGAGGCUGGCUACCUGUGGUAUUAGCAGCAGCUCUAAAAUACCUGUAUGUAUAGCCACUGUUUCUGAAACAGA